ACCUACUUUUACGCCCCCGACUGUGGUGUAUGCUUUUAACACCGUUAAAUGUCAGGGUAGUCGCCUACCUGGUGACGUCAUGCGGCGAGCAGGACUCCGGCUCCUUUUGCCUCCUUUUUGCGUCCAGGAUAAUGACAUUAUCAGCCGCAGCAGCCUGCGUCCGCCAAACAAACGAUAAGCAAUUAUUUGUUGGGAAUACAAUUUUCCCCUAUUUGGCCCUGUUGGCACUUUGUUGUGAUCGCUUGAUCUUGCCGAAAAAUGCGAUUUGUCACCCGUUUACAAUGCGUGUGGGUGUCCGGUGCGUUCCCAUUGUUGACAACACAGAUUCUCAGCGCUCUUUGUCUGCGAAUCGUAACAAUUUAAUACCCAGAAAUUGGCCCAAAUCGGAAGGGAAAGUCAUCUCGGAAGUAAAAUCGGAUUAUUUUUGAUCUUCGGCGUUCUCAAUUAGAUCAGCUGAUCUUUGUGCAACACUGUUUUGACAACCCUGGUUUCAAUGGAAUGCUGGAAUGGAACUGGAAUGAGCGUGGAAAGAAACUUACGCACGCUGGCGGGAAAGUUGUAAAAUCGUUCGUUUUCCUCAAUGUUAAGUGUUAAUUGUGCUUAAUAAAUAAUCAUAAUGGAUAAUUAAUAAAUAAGUUAAAGGAAUUUAGCAAGCAAUCUGUGAUUUCACCGCAUGAGCGGCAAGCGGACCCGUAGCUUCAAAUGCGCCGUACACCAUCGAGAUCGUGAAGUCUGCUCUGAGAACGAUUUCCAGCUAGUGCUCAACGAACCGCCACUCUUCCGCAAAAUGGUGCAUGCCGUGGCCAUGGAGAUCCUGCCCGAGGAGCGGGAUCGCAAGUACUACGCCGAUCGCUACACCUGCUGUCCGCCGCCCUUUUUCAUCAUCCUGGUCACUGUAGUGGAGCUUGGUUUCUUUGUAUAUCACUCAGUGGUGACGGGAGAGGCUGCUCCAAGGGGACCCAUUCCCUCGGACUCCAUGUUCAUCUACCGCCCGGAUAAGCGACAUGAGAUCUGGCGCUUCCUCUUCUACAUGGUCCUUCAUGCCGGAUGGCUACAUCUUGGUUUCAAUGUGGCAGUGCAGCUGGUUUUCGGCCUGCCUUUGGAGAUGGUCCAUGGCUCCACGAGGAUCGCCUGCAUUUAUUUCUCAGGAGUGUUGGCAGGCAGCCUGGGCACUAGCAUCUUUGAUCCGGAUGUCUUCCUUGUGGGCGCCAGUGGAGGAGUCUACGCUCUGCUGGCCGCCCAUUUGGCCAAUGUCCUGCUUAAUUAUCACCAGAUGAGAUAUGGAGUCAUCAAAUUGCUGCAUAUACUGGUCUUCGUUUCCUUUGACUUUGGCUUUGCCAUCUAUGCGCGCUACGCUGGCGAUGAGCUGCAGCUGGGAUCUUCUAGUGAAUUCCUGGCCAUUGAUCAGUCUGAAACGGUGGUCGCCGUUUCGUAUGUGGCCCAUUUGGCUGGAGCCAUAGCUGGUUUAACCAUCGGUCUGCUGGUUCUUAAGAGUUUCGAGCAGAAGCUCCACGAGCAGCUCCUCUGGUGGAUCGCCCUGGGAACCUACUCAGCGCUGGUGGUCUUUGCCAUUGCCUUCAACAUUAUGAAUGGAUUUGCCAUGUUCAAUAUUCGCGUGGAGAAGAUCCGAGUGACGGAAACGUAUUUCAAUGAUUUCCAGGUGUGAAAUCCCAGGAGGAUUUUCCCCAAACAGGAUGACCAGAAUUCAUUCCUUGUUUUGUCAUUCAUUUUUGCUUACUUAUUAUGUUCAUAGCGUUUCGUUGAAGUUUUUUUUUUAUUGUUUUUGGACGUCGAUUAAGUUUCGCGUUUAUUGUUUUGUUGGCAACUGUAUCUGUAGAAUCAGAUAUAUAUAUCUCAUUGUAUGCUUACGUAAAUAAUUUCGUUUUGUUUGCUAGUUAAGUACAAACAUUAUAUUGUAAGAGAAUUGUAAGAGAAUAUUUACAACAAAUCGAACUGAUUAGGUGUAACAUAAUGCUCAAGGAAGUCCACAUUUUCUAUAUAUACUUAAAUAUAACUGCAGAAUCACAAGACUUUAUAUAUAAAAGCUGUAAAAUACAAAUAAAAAAGGCUAUAUGGAAACCGAUA